AUGCCACAAGAAGCUAAUGAGUUGAUGGAGUAUUUUGAUUCAACUUACAUAGGGGGGAGAAUUAUAAAAAAUAAUACUAGAAGUAACGUUAUUAGAAGAACCCCUGCUGCAUUUCCUCCUUCAGUUUGGAAUGUUCACGAAGUUACGUUGAACGAUGGCCAGCGCACUAACAACCAAACUGAAGGAUGGAAUCACAGGUUUUCUAAAUUAGUGAAUCGAUCACAUCCAAGUAUAUGGUUACUGAUAGAAAAGAUGCGAUUAAAAUUAGGAGUCGAUGAAGUUAAAAUUGGGCAAAGAGAUAUUGGACAACCUCUGCCAAAAAAAAAAUGUAUAUUGGUAUGCAAGAAAAAUUAA